AUGGAUCCUACGCGUUCCCAGCCCUUUGUGCCGCCACUUUCAGAACCGGCUGCAGAGUACGACAAGAAGGUUUCCCAAUCCCACUCUCAGCAUCUCAAUUCAUCAUGUUCAUCGUCAAUACCCUUACAGCCACCCGAGAACGUCCACUCCGGUCAAAAAUGCAUACUUGAUCCGCCACUCUCCAGCGCUUUUCGACCGUCUCCCAUGAAGACACCUCAUGGGCUGAAAACGUCGCUUUCCGGCCGUCGCGAACUGGGCUUCAUCCCCAUAACAGCCCCUGCUCCGCCGAAGUUCACAACAGACUCGCCGGCUAAGAGGACUCCAAGUACUACAUAUGCAUGCAAUACGUCUUCAUCUUCGGCAAUGCCACAAUCUGCCCUAUUUACGACCUUUCCCAGCGUCAAUCAUGGGAAACAGUCCUCCAAGGAGAAGCGACAAUUGACUGAAUCUUGCAAUGACAACUUCGCCGAUUUCCCUGAACCAUCUUUUGCAUCGAAGCCUCUGAAAAGGACCCUCAUGGAUGCUGCCCCAUUGAAGGAACGAACGAUCAAGAAGCAGAAGCGCGAAGAUGUCGAUGUUACGCGACUUCCGAAUCCUCAGGAGAUGGCCCCCAUUGAAGACGAUGGCACAAAGCCUCCUUACAGCUAUGCGACCUUGAUAGGAAUGUCUAUUUUACGCGCGCCUAACCGACGUUUGACUUUGGCUCAGAUUUACAAAUGGAUCUCAGAUACGUUUUCUUAUUACAAACACAGUGAUCCGGGGUGGCAGAAUAGCAUUCGUCAUAACCUCAGUCUAAACAAAGCUUUUAUUAAGCAGGAACGGCCGAAAGAUGACCCAGGAAAGGGAAAUUACUGGGCCAUUGAACCUGGAAUGGAAGCCCAAUUUCUUAAGGAUAAGCCUUUGCGUCGUGCAACCAUGUCAAGUCUUCCUCUUCCUGUUACCUCCCAGAGAGAGCCUGCUCACACGCAAAGCUCCGGCACGACAACAUGGGCCAUUCCCCCACCUAACCACACCUUAGUACCGAAGAGCUCCAAGAAUGUGGAUCUUUCUUCUGAUGCCACAAUACCCGCCUCAGACCCUGCUCUUCAGGACGACAUGAGUGACGAGGGCGUUAAUGCUGCUACAUCCCAAGCGCCUUUGCGCUCUUCUCCACCUCAACCAAUACGUUCCUCACCUCCUAUCGCGCCCCCUCGCUUUAUUCGCCAGGGUACACCUCCAACGCCUUCUCAUCCCACACCUUCCGCCAUUGUUCCUCACUCUCGCAAACGAGAAUCGACCACGAUUAACGAUAGCGGGUACUUCUCUUCCCUGGAGUCUUCGGCAAUGCGUCCAAAGAAGACAGGGCAUAUUUUAACCUCGGACCUGGAUAUUGACCCUCCUCGUAUCAAACGUGGCCGAGCAGAAGAGGAGAUAGCUCGAAUUCGAAGCUCUUCCCAUGAUAUCAGCCCAAGACGUCCCGGAAUGCUCAAAGAUGCUGGGGUAGUAAUCGGGUCUUCGCCGGUUCGCGGUGAAUACGUCAGCAUGCUGCCUCCUCCUCUGACGCCGGUGAUAAAAUUUAAGAAGCCAGCUAAGCCCCCGCCGUCGGUGUCUCCCAACACAAACCUUCGGAAUCACCGCAAGAAAAUCCAACAAAUGGUCAAUUCUCCCUUAAAACAUCUGGGUCUGACAGAUGAAGACCUUCCAUGGAGUCCUGCUUUCAGAAUCCAAGACGAAACAUACACCCCAAGUGACCAUCUUCACGCGACUUUCGAUGUCUUUGCCGAAUCCGCAGAAGAAGGAAUCUCGACACUAGCAUAUGGCUCUCCAGAGAAACGGCCCGCGAAGCGUGCUCGAACAGAUACCGAAAACCAGACUGGUACUGUCCUUGCCGAUAUCACCUCUGUGAGUGUCAAUAGCAAAACAGGCAUGCAGGCUUUGUCGUCUGCCAAGUCCAAGGGUCCCUUGUUCCCCGAAUCACCGUCGAAAGUGCCUGAACAUGGGCGUUUUGGCGAUGCCACCCACGACGACUUUUUUUCAUUCCAUCUCUUCGACGAAAGCCCCGUGGAAGUAGACGGAGUGGACCUCCUGCAAGGCUUUCAGAAGAUCGGAAGUUCGGGCAAGGAGGAAUCUGCGAGAUCCAAAUCGCACACCUCAAGACCUCAACUGAAUAUCAGAAGCAAUACUGCUUUAUUUUGA